GAAUUUCAAAGGUGGUCUUCUAAGUUUCAACUUUUAUGCGUUGGACGUCGAUCUUUUCCUGCUCCGGCAACUCGUUAACUCAAGCUUUUCGUUGGUUGAUCAUUGCCUGCUCUCUGGCGCUUUUAGCAAGCGAUCCAAGGUCCUUUGAGGUCAUAUACGGUGGUAGGAUGUCGACGUUGGCAAGUUCAGUAGAAGAGGUAAUGGAAGUGCUGAUUGGGGAGGAAGAUAGGUACGAUGGGGUGACAGUGAAGAUAAAGGAGCAUAUGGAGGUUGGGGUGUUUGCCUCCAGACUUAGAGCUUCGAUGUCCCGAUGGAAACAGCAGGGAAAGAAAGGAGUUUGGCUCAACAUUUCUCUCACAUUUGUGGACUUUGUUCCUGUUGCAGUGCAGGAAGGAUUUUGGUACCACCAUGCGGAGCCAACUCAUUUGAUGCUUGUGAAUUGGCUCCCCAGCACCCCUCAUACUCUGCCAAUCUAUGCCACACACAGACUUGGAGUUGGUGCUGUUGUCAUAAACAAUAACAAAGAGGUGCUGGUGGUUCAAGAGAAGUCUGGCCAUUUCAGAGGUUCUGGUGUAUGGAAAAUUCCUACUGGGGUUGUUGAAGAGGGUGAGGAUGUGUUUGCUGCAGCUGAAAGAGAAGUGAAGGAGGAAACCGGGGUUGAAGUAGAAUUUGUAGAAAUCAUUGGGUUCAGGGAAAGUCACAAAGCUCACUUCAACAAGAAAUCUGAUCUGUUUUUCAUAUGUAUCUUGGAGCCGAAGUCAUCGGAUAUUCUAAAGCAAGAUUCAGAAAUUCUGGAUGCCCAGUGGAUGCCCGUUGAGGAAUACGCUGCACAACCCUUCAUCCAGAAACGUGAAUCAAUGAAGAAGAUUGCUGAAAUGAUCUUGUCAAAGACUAGCAAAAACUAUGCAGGAUUUGCUCAUACGAGUGUUCGCUCCAGCUCCUCUGUGCACUCAUUAUACCUCAAUAACAAGGAAUUACUAAAUUAGAAGCCAUUUCUUCCAUCAAUGGCAACCUGUGACUCUGUUCUCAUUUAUGACCUUAUUUAUGUUAUUGUUAGUAACCAAGUGAAAGAUGUUCAAAGGGUGUGAUUAUGUUUUAAGAGUAUUGGUUGUAACUAUGUGAUGACUAAGAAUAUUGGUUUUAAAUCUUCCUUUGUAAAGAAAAAUGUU